ACAGUUGCGUUCACUUCAGCUAGGAGAGGGGAAAAGUCGUAGAAUAAAUUUUAUACCACACGAACGGAAUAUCCCUGGCCGAGUAACAACAAUCAGCAUAUGUCCUGGGGCACAGCAGUUGGCCAGAGCAGCAGGAUAUAGCCAGGACAGGGCCAGGACCAGUCGACAACCCCACAGAGCCUACAGUGGGUGGCGAAUUGCAGGCGGAGCUUGUGGGUGGUGGUGGUGCUCUUAUCGCCCUGCGAAUUCUCCCAUGCCCGCUGCGAUAAGAGCCAGGCGGAUCUGCCCGUCCAGUUCGGCACCAUGGGAUGCAUCACUAGCAGCAGCAAGCUGAACGAGCUGCGUGGUCAUGAGAAUGUGUUCCGAGUGCGCGUGGCCCACCUGCAGCCCACGCCGGGCACGCCCAUCAUCCGGAGUGGCUACCUGGAGUUGACGCCCCGCGAACUGAUCUUCCAGACGCCCGGCUGCGAGCCCAUCGUGUGGGCCUUGCAGCAUCUCCGGCGCUAUGGCCUCAAUGCCGAUCUCUUCUCCUUCGAGGCGGGUCGCCGUUGCAUGUCCGGCCCGGGGAUCUACACCUUCCGGGUGCACAACGCCGAGCAGCUGUAUCCGAUGUUCCAGCGCUACAUCAAUGCCGUGAAUACGGAUGCCUUUGUGCAGGGCGAACGGGAGAGGGUCAACUCCAACCAUUCGGUGUCCGCCAACAUGGGCAGAACGGAGGGCAAUAACUAUCUGGAACCAGCUCCCCUGAUGAGCCGCCAGCUGGGCAACUUCCACAGUGAGCACUCCAGCGCAAAUGCAUCGUAUACGCUACAAUCAAACGACUCGCAAGUGGAUGACUCUCCGCCCCAUCUGCAAUCCCCAGUCCUGAUACCCAGUGCCUAUUUGGAUCAGCCCAUGCGGGCUCUACCGGAUUGCUGUCUGGAGGGUAACUCAACGGAUCUGCUGGCCACCCCACCAUCGGGGAAUAGAUUGAGCAUGCGUAGGCGUACGUUGGAUUUGCCACCACUGGAAUCUGCCCCAGCUCCAGCUCCCGUUUUGAGCCCAAACGAUGCCGUGCACAUGUAUGCCAAUGUGGAGGCGUUGAUCUUCGAUCUGAGCAACGAGCGGUGCUAUGAGAAUGUUAACCGCUUGGAGCUGCCAUUGCUGCCAAGGGAACCGACAGUCAGUCAGGAGCCCGCCACGCCUACCAGCUUAGCGGGCAGCAGCGGGGUAAACUAUAUAGUGCUCGAUCUUGACCAGCCACGAAGUCCCUCGGGUCCGGCGAGUUCGCCCAAAGCUAUCAAUGGUUUCGGCAGCGGCCUGUCGCUGAUCACCACCCCGGCACCAGCAGCUGUGACUGCUCCAGUUACUCCUGAGGCUGGUACAGCGCUGGACGUACCCCCACCACCCGCUCAAACCCAAAGCCUGAACAGCGUUGCCGCCGAAGUGGCAGAGGCCCCAGCCAAUAAGGCGAAGGAGUGCUCCGGAACGCAGGGCUAUUCCACCAUUGACUUCAUCCGCACCUAUGCGCUGAACAAGUCUUCGACCGAACUGCCGGAAACAGUGACCCAUCGCCAGCAUCCGGCGCACGAUGCCGAGGAAUUGAGGAUCACCAGGCACAGCAAGUGCAUACGGAAAGCCUACUCCAUCAGCGAGUGAGGUGGGGUACUGGAAUUCGGAUUGGUAGAGUCCGUGUGCACAACGAAUUUACAGAGAACGAGAAGGUGCCAACCGAAAGCCUAGUUGAAGAGCCAGAAAUGUAAUUUAAUGGGUGUCCAUACCAUAGAAAAACGAUUGGAGAAGCUCGGAGCGGAGAGUUUAACCCCAGAUCUAGAGGGUUUCAUGACAAGAUCAUAUCUUUCUGAUAUGAUUUUCAUAAGAUAUGGUUCGAUUUUUAUAGCAUACUGUUGACCAAAAAUGCUGAAUGCUGUGAAGUUGUGAAUUCGAUACUCGAAUCGAACUUGAACCUAUAUACUUUGCACAACAUUUAACUUGAAGCUGGUUCUUCUGAUUUUGAAAAGCGCACUUUAAAAAGGACCUUAUUUCAAUUAUAUAAGGGAGAAACUUUGGAACUUGGAUUGUGAAGUUAAAAAACUUAAAAAGGUUUAGGAGAACGUGGUGCACAACGAAUUUACUGCAAUCGUGGAUUGAAAAGAGAUUGUGGUAAAAUGGAAAUUGAAGAGUGAUGUGUCCAAAGAUCAGUUUGCUUCUCCCUGGGCCAAACGUUAACGCAAACGAAUAACAAUAUUAUAACCAGGUUGUUUUAGUAGUCAGUACAGUAAACUCACACAGCCAAAAACACAUAGACAUGAAUUGCAUACGUACUUAACUUGUAUUUAAGGAUAGCGACCUAGAGUUACCUAGUGAUUAGAUGAUUUCAGUACUUGCCAGCGGCUGUUUAGAGCUAGUCAUUUUUGAUUUUGAUUUUGAGCAUACUUAUGUGUGUAGAUAGUGAGCAACACGAAAGGCUUUUAACAUUUAAAUUGUAUAUGAUAGGUAUUUAAGCGUAGCUUUUAAGCACCAAUAUAUACAUCACCGACGUACUCGUACGUUUGUUGUUGGCCAAGGCUUAGAAAUUGUAUUUUGUUGCCAAAAAAAAAAAAACAUAAGAAACAAUGGUAGAAAACAUCGCGUUGCAUUGUCCGCUGUGAGUUUAUAAUUUUUUACAUAUAUUUUAUAUAUAUUAAAUCGCUAAAUUGUUAUUAAAUUUGUUAGGAAUCAUAUACACGGAUUGUCACACGGAGCAUUCGACAUUUCACUCGUGCGUGGUGAUUUGAGGGUUUUUGCAGUUGCAUAAAUUUACAUACUUACGAUCGCUGCUUAGUCGGCGGUAUAAACUAUAUUAUUGUUAGUGUCUAAGACAAAAUAUGUGCAAUAAAGCUCAAACGACCUUGUA